ACCUAAUCACAAUCUAAACUUAUCCAAAAUUUACUCCAACACAAUUCAUUUUCUACUCUAGUACAAUUCCACGAAUAAAACAUCAUCAUCCCAAAGGAGUUGGAAAAAAAAAAGGACAGCAGUCUUGAACUCUAAACGAUUGGUAAGGAAGACCGAGUAAAAAGCUCAGCCACUGUAAGAUUUCUCAACAGAAACAAAAAGACUGUUAUCUUGUUAUUCCCAAUAUUAAGAGAUAAGCGAAAACUUGUGUGUUACCAUCCAAGUGAAUUCAUCUUAAAAUAGUGGCUAAUGGGGGAAGUUUUCUAAGUUUAGACUGUGAAAGAAAGUGUUAAUCCCAUAAUUUUAGAUCCAAAUAUGUUAAAAAUAGCCUCCAGUUUUCAAUGUGAAGCCCCUAUAUAAGCACCCAGCUGAGGAGUGGGGAAAACAAGCUCCGGGGAGAAGUUGAAUAGACCCAAUUCUUUUCAUAGGAAUGACAUAAGAAGGGAUCUACAUUUUUUGUAUUAAUUCUUUCUCUUUUGUCUCAGUGGAUGUAAGGAUCUAUCAGAUUCUCAUAUAUAUAACUAGUUAUUGUUACUAUUUAUAUAUAUACAAUCUUUCUGAUUGAACUGAAAGAUCCCCAACAAUCCACUGGUGAAAUCUUUUUAGCCUUCAAUUACCUAACAAAACUUCGAAAGAAUUAAUAUAAAACUUAUUUUAUUCACAGAUCAUUAUCUAUCUAGUAUCUGUAUUCAUAAUCCCUUCAAUUCUUUUAUAAAAAUUUGAAAGAAAAAAAAUGGCUGGAGGUGGAAUUGUUGUUCAGGGGGGAAGGAACUAUGAAGGUGAUGUCACAGUAUUUGUCAUUGUCACCUGUAUGGUGGCAGCCAUGGGUGGUCUUCUCUUUGGUUAUGAUCUUGGAAUUUCAGGUGGGGUGACUUCUAUGCCCAGUUUCUUGAACCAAUUUUUCCCAUCUGUUGUGAAGAAAAUGAAGGGUGCCCAUGAAAGUGAGUACUGUAAAUUUGACAGUGAACUAUUAACGCUAUUUACCUCUUCCCUUUAUCUUGCUGCUCUGGUGGCUUCCUUCGGCGCCUCCGUCGUCACCCAGAAAUUCGGCCGGAAACCAUCGAUGUUCCUCGGCGGUGUUUCCUUCUUGAUUGGCUCUGUCCUCAAUGGCAUUGCUAAUAACAUUGAAAUGCUCAUCUUCGGCCGGUUGUUGCUCGGUGUUGGCGUUGGAUUUGCCAAUCAGUCUGUGCCAGUGUACCUUUCUGAAAUGGCGCCAGCCAAAAUCAGAGGAGCUCUGAACAUGGGCUUCCAAAUGGCGAUCACCAUCGGCAUUUUGGUGGCGAAUCUUGUUAAUGUCGGUACAGCAAAAAUCGCAGGUGGAUGGGGAUGGAGACUCUCGCUUGGUCUCGCCAUUGUCCCUGCCCUAAUGAUGACCGUCGGAUCCAUCUUCCUUCCCGAUACUCCCAACUCCAUUCUCGAACGAGGACACAAAGAGAAGGCGAAGAAGAUGUUGCAGAAAGUUCGCGGCACCGACAAUGUCGACGAAGAGUUCCAAGACCUUGUCGACGCGAGCGAAUCUGCAAAGAAAGUGGAUAAUCCAUGGCAGAACAUUCUCCAGCCUCAGUACAGACCUCAACUGAUCAUGUGCUCUGUAAUCCCCUUCUUCCAGCAGCUCACCGGUAUCAACGUCAUCACCUUCUACGCUCCGGUUCUGUACAUGACUCUCGGAUUCGGCGACGACGCCUCUCUAUACUCCGCCGUAAUCGGCGGCAGCGUUAACGCCCUCGCAACCCUAGUCUCGAUCUUCACCGUCGACAAAUUCGGCCGAAGAAUCCUCUUCCUUGAGGGCGGAUUACAGAUGUUCGUCUGCCAAAUCCUCGUCGGAACCCUAAUCGGAAUGAAAUUCGGACUCAACGGAGAAGGAACCCUAUCGAAAUUCGACGCGAACCUGAUUCUAUUCCUGAUCUGCGUGUACGUCGCGGCAUUCGCCUGGUCCUGGGGACCGCUAGGUUGGUUAGUACCUAGCGAGAUCUGCCCGCUCGAGAUCCGAUCCGCCGGACAAGCGAUCAACGUCUCCGUGAACAUGUUCUUCACCUUCGUGAUCGCUCAGGUGUUCUUGGCGAUGCUCUGCCACUUCAAAUUCGGAUUGUUCUACUUCUUCGGCGGAUUCGUGCUGAUAAUGACGGUGUUCAUCUACUUCUUCUUGCCGGAGACGAAGAAUGUUCCGAUCGAGGAGAUGAACAGAGUGUGGAAGGCGCACUGGUUCUGGAGCAAGUACAUUCCGGACGAAGCGGUGAUCGGAUUCCGCCACGAUGAAGAUGGAACCGCCGUUUGAAACCUCCAGAGAAGAAAAAAUUCCAUUCUCCGGCGCUCCCCGGAGAAUUCAAGAGCUGAAAUGGGAAAAACAAACUAUUUUUAUGAUUUGAUUAUCAUAUCAUACCAUUCUUCUUCCUCAUUGUUGUGCUUUCAGAGUUUUUAUAUGUUUCUGAUGAUGAGGCAAUUGUUUUUCUCUAUGUACAUUUCAACCUUAUAUUAAAAUAUAUAUAUUAUUUACCUUA